GAUGUGGAUUUCCUCCAGUCCUGUGUCUGUGCAAUGCUGACCCCUACUGCCCCAUUAGCUCAUGUGCCACUGCAACACCAGGAAGAUGUUGGAGGGUAUUUAACUGGACAUCGUCGUAGAGAGUAUUCAGAAAGCCAGUGGUGCUGACAGUACAAUGGGGAUCACUAAACUGGCAGAUCUGAUCCGGUCAGAGGCUCCUUGUGCUAUUUCUCAUAAGGAUAUCAGUGACUUCGCCGGAAAAGUAAUCGCACUGGAUACCUCUAUUGUGGUGAACCAGUUCCGUGCAGCGACGCCUUCGCUAAGCCCUCUGACAGGUCUCUUCUUUCGGACGCUCACUUUCCUGGAACAUGACAUAAAGCCAGUCUUUGUGUUGGAUGGAAAGCCUCCUGACGAAAAGGCAGCUGUUCUUGAGAAGCGAGCUGAGGCAGCUGGUUGGAGCUCCCCCAAGCGCACAGGCAAAGCAUCAUCCCAGACUGAAGAUUGUCACCAGCUACUGAAGUUUAUGGGUGUACCUGUCAUCAAGGCUCCAGGGGACGCUGAGGCACUGUGUGCCCAGCUGGUGAGGGAGGGGACUGUGGACGCUGUGGCAUCAGAGGACAUGGACACUCUGCCAUUUGGAGCAAAUACUCUCAUUCGCCAGCUGAAUGCCAGUAAAGACGGUGAGGUUGUGGAAUUUUCUUUGCCCAAGCUGUUAGAGAAACUGCAGAUUAGUCACCAGGAGUUUGUUGACCUAUGUAUUUUGUUGGGCUGUGACUACUGUGACAAGAUAGCCGGUUUGGGUCCAAAGAGAGCUCUGAAACUGAUCCAGACGCAUCGGACCAUCGAGGAUGUGGUUUUAAACGUCAACAGAAAGACCCAUCCUGUGCCACUGUCAUGGAAGUACAAAGAAGCACGGAAGAUUUUCUUGGAUGCACCACAAACUGUCGCUCCUGAACUAACCUGGACUGAGCCAGAUGAAGAAUCUUUGGUUGGGUUCCUCUGUCACGUGAAAAACAUUAAGGAGGACAGGAUCCGUAAUCGAAUGGAGCGGUUCCGUCAGGCUCGGGACAGUAGGCGGGAGGAGAGGGAAAAGGAGAGGGCAGCAGGACGUAGCAGGCAGACUCGUAUGGAGGACUUCUUCCGAGUUACCAGAAAGAGGGAUCACCCUGUGGAAACUGCGGUCUCUUUAAGCAGCAACACAAAGAGACCAAAGUCAAAAUAAGGCCGCCGCCAUCUGUCGCUUGCUGCCUCCACCCUCAAAGUUUGGAGGAUGUUGAUUUCAACCCCGUCCGCCUGUCUAGACAUCCCCAGCAAAAUUAUGAACAAAACACCGACAGACGAUUCUGUGAUCCUGACCUUUAAUUUCUGGCAUAAUUUAGCUUUAAUGUUCAGAUUUUAUUAUUUAUUUUUGGUUUUAUUACACUCAUCUGAACAGGUUGAGAGGCAGCCCAUCUAGAGGACUUUUCUUUUCCAAGUGCCUUCUAAUGACUAAUCAUUCAUGUAUUUAGAAGAGACCAAGAUGGACAUGUUUCAGGACAUCACGUCUUUGCCUCUGCUUGGGAGCUCUACCCCCACUGACAAUCCAAUAAUCUGAUCUUGUCCUAACAGCAGUGUCCGCAACAAUUCACUGAGCAGCUCUUCAGCGAGUCCAGCAGUUUCCUGCAGAGCCACCAAGAAAAGCAGCGCAGGCGGUGGACGACUAUGAAAGAGAACAGUGUGAUCAGUGUCAGGGUGGCCUUCCCCCAAGCCAGAACUGGAGACAGGGAAUGUCUCAUCACUAGAUAUUCAGUGCGCACCUGCAGUGUAAAGGGUGCCAAGGCAGGGACCAACGACUUGAAUAUUAAAACAUGUGCUUAAAGAGAAAGUGAGAUGUUAAUAUCCACAUAAAGGCACUUUUGUAUCAUUUUGAAAAUACCUGUAAAUAAAUGACACAAUAUGUUUUAUAUUUCGAUUUUGUUUGUAACGAUUUUGGCCUUUAUAAAUUAAAACCAUGUGUCAGUUCA